CCCCAUAGUUGUUAAAAAAAUGGAUAAAGAGAGGAGUAACAUGGUUUGGGCAUUCCUGAAACUCUAGAUCCUUCUCUUACAAGCUGCAUGAACUUGGGCAAGGUUAGUUCACCUCUCUGGUCUUCAGCUUCCUCACUGGUAAAAUACAGUAAUAACAGGAAGUCACUCAUAGGGUUGUGAUGAGAAUGAAAUGCGUGAACAUUUCCAAAGUCUAAAACAGUGCCUGGUGCACUAUAAGUGCAGUGCCAUGGAAUACCAACAUAACUGCACCAAACACUUGUCCCCAACAUCUCUGAACAGGUUUGUAGAUGAAUUAUCUAAACCAUCCCUCCCUCUCAGCCUCUUCACAGGGACUUGCGUUAAAUUCAGUAGUUUUCGGCUACUUCACCCAUAUGAAGUAGGAGAGAAUAAAAUGCUUUAAGAGCUAACUAAAUAAUUCCUCUCAGAACAGGAACUGUCUUUGCAUUAGGAACACAACUGCAGGGACGCUUGCUUAGCUUGGAAGAUUAGUGAGGCUCUGGACCCAGCUGAGAUGGCCUGGGUGUAGAGGAAGACAGCAGCUGAACUGCAGAAGGAAAUCUGGAGGAUGGGAGCUGCUAAGCCAAGAAGUUUCUUCCAUCUGAACCAAUUAGCCUCCAGCAUGGCAGAACAGAACCACUCUCCUGGGAAGGAGCUUCAACACUGGACUCGAGCAGAAGUUCCUGGAAAAAAAAGCUGGCAUUCCCAGGCCUACACUCUUGGGGCCAUUUCCAAUUUUAUGUCUACUUUUCUGACCUUUCCGAUCUAUAAGGUUGUGUUCCGACAACAGAUCCAUGCUGUGGCGGUGUCAGAAGCUCUGCGACAGCUUUGGCACGAAGGCCCUAAAUACUUCUACAGGGGAAUCUACCCACCUCUUCUCUCCAAGACGUUGCAAGGAACUCUCCUGUUUGGUACUUACGAUAGCCUGCUAUGUUCUCUCUCCCCUGAUGGGCCACACUCCCUUGGACACCGCUGGGCUGCAGGGCUCAUGUCUGGCGUGGUGGAGGCUGUGGCUCUCAGCCCCUUUGAAAGGGUGCAAAAUGUGCUCCAGGAUGGUCGCAAGCAAGCUCGCUUCCCUAGCACCUUCAGCAUUCUCAAGGAAUUCAAUUCUUACGGGCUUUGGGGGCGGCUGUCGCUGGGCUAUUAUCGUGGUUUCUGGCCUGUCCUUCUCAGGAACAGCCUGGGGAGCGCUCUGUAUUUCUCCUUCAAGGACCCCAUCCAGGAUGGCUUGGCAGAGCAAGGCCUGCCCAAUUGGGUUCCUGCCUUGGUGUCUGGGAGUGUCAAUGGAACUAUCACCUGCCUAGUUCUCUAUCCUCUGAUUGUGCUAGUUGCCAAUAUGCAGUCCCAUAUUGGCUGGCAGAGCAUGCCCAGCCUGCGGGCCUCUAUCCAGAAUGUGUGGGACACUAGGGGCCGAAAGGUGUCCCUGAUCUACCGUGGGGGCUCCCUGGUCAUCCUAAGGUCCAGUGUGACAUGGGGCCUCACUACAGCUAUCCAUGACUUUCUGCUAAGGAGGUCUCAUUCCAGGAAAGAGCUGAAAGACUGAGUAGCUGCAAGAAGUGUGGCCAUGGCGAUUCUAAGCCUUCCCUGGUUGGUCUAAAUACCUACCUUUUUUGGCCUGGUUACCUAAUACAAUCAUACUUUAGCAUCUUUGAACAGCCAGUGCACUAGAGAAGUUCCCAACUACCAGCCUGUUGGGCACAGACAAAGCCCAGCAGCCUUCCUUGGUUAGAAAAAGAAAGUCACUCCUGUCUAUCCACCGCUUCAACAGCCUCAGACCCAGGAGGCCUUUAAAUAACUUGUAACCGAAAUGAAAUGUCAUUCCUUUAAGGAAUUUUUUGACAGUAAGAAGAAACUUAAUUAGGCACUGUGAGUUCUGAGACCCCUACAGUUGUCCACUGGACCAAACUGAGUAGAGAACCAGGAACUCCAACUUCAAAGAACUAAGCUUGAUUCUUAGGAUGGGGAUUCCACAGAACUUCUCAAAUGCCUCUAUUUCCAUGACUUCGUUCACUACUCCUACUACCACUACUCUCACUUCUCAAGGCUGUGGAUCCUAGCUUCAGGGUGGCAGUUGGGGCUGGAAAUCCUAAAUUAGACUUGCCUCAACUGAUAAGGUGUCACAAGAACUGUUAGGGCUGGAGGUGGGCGUGAGGAGAAGUAGUGUGGUCCCUGGAUGCAAUCAUGCCACAAACUUUCCCAUGGCCAUGCUUUGGCCCACACUAUUCUGUCCACCUGUAGUGCUCCUUUUCCAUAUGCCACUCUGCCAAAAUCCUUCCAAAACCUCAAAGCCCGACUCAGAUGCCACCUUCUCUAUGGACCCUUUUCUGAUUUCCCACAACUAAAUGUGAUGGUAGUCUCUUGUGACGCCCCUCUCCAAUAACACUUCGUACAUUAUGUUGCUGAUCUAUGUGGCCCUGUGUUCUUGGUGUUCUUCAAUACCUCUUACUAGACUGUAAAACUCCUUGAAAGCAGGGAUUCUUGUACACAUUUUAAAUCUCCCAUUGUGCCUAGGUGCUCAAUAAUGUUGGCUGAAUUAUUGAACUGAUUAUCAAACUGUGAUAUGGUCUUUAUCCUCAGGGUGCUGUCCCUUGUGCAUGAAGAUAUUGUUACUGACUUACUGUCAGCAAGACACAUGCCUUUGGGGGGUGAUUUUGUUUUCUUUUAUUAGCGGAUUUAGUUUUGUGCUAAUAAUGAUGAUGCUGCAGAUGAUAAUAAUGAUAAUAAUAAAUAACUUUCAACUGGAACAUUUGCUGAGUUUCUGUUAUUGAUAGCGUGCUUGCUAUUAGCAACACUAUAGGAAAUGAAAUUUCACCAACAGAAACAUAUUGCUUAACUGUCCCAUUCAGUUCAACUGUAAUUUUGAGGAUUCCCAAGAUGACAGUAUAUUGCAGUUUCCCCUUAUAGAUAUGAUAAAUGACCUCCACUUGCACCUCCCUACCAAACAGAAUUUGUCAUUUAUAAUGAUCUGAUUCUAGAUCCUUGUAGUGAGAAUUCCUCACUGAACAUCACAGAAUUAAAGACACUGCUGUGGGUGAUAUGAGAUCAGAGAGCAUUUGUGAGUGAGGUCGACAGAAAAUGGCUGGUACAGAAUAACUGCAGAUGAGUUCCUAUGUCUCAUCCCAUGCAGACCUAAUGAGGUGGGACAGUACUCUGGAUUUUUAAUGUGGUUAUAUUUUCUGACAUUCAAAAAUGGCUUUUGGGCUUGAGAUCAAUAAAAUGAGGUAAUAAAUAUCUGUGUCUGUUUAAAAGUUAUGUAGAACUUAACACCAAAGCUAGUUGGUAUAAACAGUUGAAAGAAAAAUAAUAAAAAUCCCUGUAUAAGUCCUGUGUAUUUUUGUCUAAAUGUAAACUACAUCAGCUUCUAAAAGCAAAAGGUGAAAUAAUAAAU